CGGAACUGAGGGUUUGUGCUACGGAGUUAGGGAGGAAGAAUUUAAGUGUGACACGAAGUCGUCUUAUCUAGUGUUUAAAUAUGGAUCAUUGAGUUUCCUUAUGAAUGCUUUGAGGUUUAUGUACAAAAUAAUGAAAAACUAAAUAGCUGGAUUGAAAAAGUAAGUGUUUGUCUUGCCUGAAGAUACUUCUCAAGGUGAUUUUAUGAUGGCAGGUACAGGAGAAGAACUCUUUAUCAACAACAAGUUUGUGUCUGAGACUCAGUUAGAAGAAAGACGCAAAAAAAGGCAAGAAGAAUGGGAAAAAGUGCGCAAGCCAGAUGAUCCAGAAGAAUGUCCAGAAGAAGUCUAUGAUCCUCGAUCUCUGUAUGAGCGUUUACAGGAGCAAAAAGACAAGAAGCAACAGGAAUUUGAAGAGCAAUUUAAGUUCAAAAAUAUGGUAAAAGGUCUUGAUGAAGAUGAAACAAAUUUUCUUGACGAGGUUUCCAGACAACAGCAACUUAUUGAGAAGCAACGGAGAGAUGAAGAUAUGAAAGAACUGCAUGAAUACAGAAGUGCACUCUCAAAGCUGCCCACCAGUCUAGAAACAAGGAGUAAUCAGGAAAAGAAGCCAUCAUCUAAAAUGACUGAAAAUAAGAACAUGAUGUCACAAGCAAAACUUCUGGCAGGAGCUGUGAAACGCAGAAGCUUGGACAACUCAGAAAGUGUAAAAAAACAGAAAGUAGAGAAAGAGGAAGACAGAAGACAUGAAGCAGAGGCCGACUGCCAUGGAGAAGCAACUCGGCCUAGUGGGCUUUCCAUGGCAGUUCACCGGCCAUCAGCAGCUGUGUGUGUGGGCAUCCUGCCGGGCCUAGGGGCCUACUCUGGCAGCAGCGACUCGGACUCCAGCAGCGACAGUGAAGGUAUUGAUAGCGUUGCAGGAAAGCUGGUCUCUGCCGUCCUGCGCUCAAACCGUGAUUUGGAGACCCUCUGAGGGGAACUCUUAGUUUUGUUCUUUCCUUGCUGCAUGAGACACAAUUCAUUGUGUGCGGAGACUUUUCUAACACUUCCCACUUCCCCCCCUGUCUUCCAUUCACACAGUUUGACCUUUGACCCUUCUACAUGAAUGGAAGAUUUCCUGACACUUUUACAGAGCUAACUUGGCUGAAGGAUGUUUAGGUCUGCCGAGGACAUGCCAGAGCCGAAGAUACUAAAUUUCACAUCUUUAAUAAUUUAGACAGUUCCUGUUGCUUGGUGAUUUUGCUAAACUCCACUGUCCGUGGAGUAGGAUGAGAGAAAAACAUUUCUGAAAAUGUCUGUAAAGUGAGAUUUUGAAAUAAACCUUUCACCUAA